AUGGCGAAGACGAAGUCGAAGAAGAGAAAGCAGAACGCGCAGCCCGAUGCGCCGAAUAAAUUGGCCAAGACGAGCGCGACGACAACCACCCCGCCCCCGACCGACAGCGAUGGCGACGCCACCUCCCUCGAGCCUAAGAGCUUGCAGACGGUCAUCUCGGACGAGGAGCUCGAGAUCGCGGUCGACACUCUCAAGACACUGGCGCAAUACCCGAACCUGAUCAAGUCGCGAGCAUGCAAGGACCUUCGUGUCGCCGUCUACGACUUCCGUCAGGCCUCCGCAAGCGAUGCUCCUGGAUCGAACCUCGGCCUCGUCGCACGCAUCACAUCCGCCCUCACCGAUGAACGAUAUACAGAAGCCAGGAUUCUUCUCGCUGAGAUGAAGAUCCGCGAGCAAGAGCCGAAGCUCGGCGCCCUGUGUCGCUGGGUGCGAGACCUGGACGUCAUCAGCGGCUUGUCGACAAUACCCGGCGGAGACGGCUCCGACAUCAAGCGCAGCGAACAGGACGAACAGCGCCUCCGAGUUAUAGAUGCCAUCCUUCGCGUGACUGGUCCCGUCGACACCAACCCGAAUGCCCUGCCCAUUCCAUCAACACCGGGCAUCGCCCUUCAGGAGAUCUGGGACUUGCGUCCCUCUACGCCCUCAGAAGAAGUGUACGCAUCUGUACUGGACAAGACAAUAUUCAAUUCGGCGCCGGCGUCACUCGCUACCGGUCUCCGCAUGAUCGAGAGAACACCUGGACCCGACAGAAAGCCCCCCAACCAUCACGACGCACUCCUCUACACCAAUACACCCAACACGAUUCCCCUCGCCGCAGACCGCACCGAUAUAUCAUAUGAGCCACAUCCCAUCGUCCCGAAUCUGGGCGUGAUCAAGAACGUUCUCUCGUCAGAAGAGUGCAAAGCCAUCAUCGCCGCCGGUGAGACGGUCAAUUUCCUCCCUGACGCGCCUCUCCGCGAAGACGGCGACAUCAGCAUCCUGGCCCACAACUUCUACUGGGUUGUCGACCCCCUCUUCCAUGACACCUUGUGGUCCCGCGUCUCAGCACACGUCCCGGCGUCGGUCAAAGGUCGUCUAGCACGCGGUCUGAACCGCCGGUUCCGCGUGUACCGCUACGUCCCCGGCGCAGAGUAUCGCGCUCAUAUCGAUGGUGCCUGGCCUCCAUCUGAUGUCCUGCCGGACGACACGUAUGUGUACGACGCCUCGCCCGAAGGAAAGAAGCAGAGUUCGCUGUUCACAUUCUUGAUCUACUUGAACGAUGAGUUCGAGGGCGGAGAGACUACAUACUUCUUGCCGGCGGCGAGAGAAGGGACGCUGAAUGCGUACCCAAUUAAGCCAGUGAUGGGCAAUGUUGCGUUGUUUCCUCAUGGAGACACUAGUGCGUUGCUUCAUGAAGGCACGGGCGUGAGGAAGGGGGCAAAAUAUGUCAUCAGGACCGAAGUGGAGUACGAUGUUGAGCCAUCGGAAAAGUAA